UCGAUCAGUCCCGGUCCCCCAAAUGAAUCAAUAGGACACGCGGGUGCAUUGUUGGCGCUGUCGUGUCUGCCCUAGGCUGCCCUGGCCCUGGUGGCAGCCGACCGCGCGCCGGUGCAUGAUUCAGGAGCGAGGGAAGGCCUCUGCUUGGCUGCGGCACGUCAUCGUCGUCAUCGCCGUCGACGGACGCCAUCUGCCGCCAGCCUGCUGCGCUCGACGGCCAUCGGCCAUCCCAUUACCCGUUAAAACGAAUGGUCGACGCGUUCGCUCAAAAUCGCACACCUCGGGACGGCGGCGUGGGGAGGGGCCGGCCCGGUGCGCGAAGAUAGUGGGCCGUCUGUUCUGGCUGGCCCGCGCUCGAACCGCGAUAUGCAAAGGCAUGCAAAAAGAGCGGUGCGCCGCUAGCAAGUCGCAACGUUUUGUGCACCCCGCGCUGCAGGUAGCCGCGGGUUCGAUUCCCCGUCGCCGCGCCGGGAUUCACGCGUGUCUUUUUGUCGGUGAUAACCCGCAGGCGCUUGAUGGCAGCACGGCAGUCGCCGCCCCCACUUUACAAGCGGAUGCCUGCGGCUGGAUGGCUGGCUGCGGCUCUGGCCAAACAUCAACAACAACAUCGACAACAGCGCCAAAAGAUCUGCCGGCUGGGCGACGCUGGGCCGUGGCGUUAUCUGAUAAUAGCCGUGCCAGAGCCAGGCGAGCCGGGCGAACCAGGCAGAGCGGCCCAGGCCCAUGGCUCGGUGAGCUGAACCUGAACCCCGCUGCUCCGACGCCUCCGACGCCGCAGAAGGCAAGGCAAGACAGCGCAGCCGGCGCGAGGGACCGGCCAGUCAGCUGUCCGGCGAGGACGGCAGGACGUCGUCGGCGUCGUCGCGGGUAAACAGCACCGGCCCCCUCCACCACGUCGCCGAGUGCCUCAUCGUCGCGUACAGCCUGCUCGGCCUGCUCACCGAUCAGUCAGUCCCUUGGCAACGAGAGCGGGCCCCAGCAGGGCGGCGGGGCGCCAACGACUUCUUCUUGACUCGAGCCGGCGCCGGCCCGUCCGCGGCAAGACGCGCGAGACGCCGCAGCCAUGGCCCGGCGUGUUUCCGUCUCGUCGGUCAACUCCGAGAAGCGGCUCGGCAAGCCCUUCGAAUAUGACCCCAACUUCAAGGGCCCCCGGGACCGCAGGAGCUGCACCGACAUCCUGUGCCUCCUCCUCUUCAUCGUCUUCCUGGUGGCGUGGGGCGCCGUCGGUUUCUUCGCCUACAAAUUCGGGGACCCGAGCCGCAUCCUGCAGCCGACGGACUUCAGCGGCCAGAAGUGCGGCGUGGACGCCGAGGUGGUCCGGAAGCCGUACCUGCUGUUCUUCGACCCGUCGCUGUGCGCCAGGCCCACCGCCAACGUGCUCGUCAACGGCUGCUCCUCGCCCAGCGUGUGCGUGGACAAGUGCCCCACGGAGGAGUUCUACGCCCCCAACCACUACAACCUCGGCGGCCUGGCCAGCCUGCGGCCCGGCCCGAUUUGCCUCCCCAACAUCACGGCGCACUCCGGCUCCUCGCUCAAGGCCGCCGUGGAGGCCAACCAGUGCGCCAAGUGGUACAUGAAGAGCAUCGCACUGGACGGACGGUGCGUGUUGGCCACGGCCGCUGACGUUCGGGACUCGGUCACCAUCCGUCUGAUCCAGGAGGGCUUCUGGAGGCUGCACACCAUGGUUGUCAACUGCCUGUCCCUGGUGUGGCGGAGGGAAGAUGUCCAGCAGACCGGCGAGCAGAUCGUGUCUGACACGGUGGCCUCGUACCCCUUCAUCCUGUGCGGCCUGGUGGGCGCCAUGGUGCUGUCCCUCGUGUACAUCCUGCUGCUGCGCUGGAUCACGGGCACCAUCGUCUGGAGCUCCAUCCUGGUGGUGCUGGCGGCGCUCGGCGCAGGCAUCUACGUGUGCUACCGGUACUGGGACCAGGUGAGGAAGGGCGCCGCCGUGCCCGACUGGAGCGACGUGCCGGCCGAGCUGCAGACGUGGCUGGACGACCCCACCACGUGGAUGACGCUCAUGAUCGUGCUGGGCGUGGUGCUGGCCGUGCUGCUGCUCAUCGUGCUGUUCCUGCGCCAGAGGAUCUCGCUGGCCGUGACGCUCAUCGAGCAGGGCGGCAAGGCCGUCAGCAGCACCACGUCCACGCUGUUCUUCCCCGUGCUGCCCUGGGCGCUGCAGGUGGCGGCCGUGGCCUACGCGGGCACCGUGCUGCUCUACCUGGCCACCUUGGGCGAGGCCAUGUACAAGACCCACGGCCUGGAUGGCACUUGCACGUGCACCGGCCUCCCCUUGCAGACGAGUGGGCAACAGUGUUUUCCCAAUGAGUUUCGACAGCUGUGCUCCAAUUGUGUCGCAAAGGGAGCCUCUUGCUUAUUCUUCCGCUACAAUCCCCCAGACUACAUCAAGUGGCUGCAUGUGUACAAUGUUUUUGGUGUCAUUUGGGCUCUCUUUUUCAUAUCAGGCAUGGCACAAAUGAUACUAGCUGCAACUUUUGCCACUUGGUACUGGACAUUCAACAAAAAAGAUGUGCCAUUUUUUGUUUUGACCCGCUCCUUUUUCAUGUCAAUAACGUACCACACGGGUACGGUAGCUUUUGGUUCCCUGGUUAUAUCAAUUGUUCGUUUUCUCAGACUAAUUCUUGAUGCUAUUGAGAAACAAGCAAAGCAAUACAGUGACAAUUCUUUGGGCAAAUGCCUUAUGUGCUUUUGCAAGUGCUGCUUUGCCUGUGUUGAGGGCUUUCUGAGAUUUGUCUCCCGAAAUGCAUACAUUAUGUGUGCUGUGCAUGGAAAAAACUUUUGUGCCUCAGCUAAAGAUGCCUUCAACCUGUUAAUGAGAAAUGUCAUACGUGUUGUAGUUAUUGAUAAGAUAAUGGACUUUGUAUUCUUCAUGGGGAAGGCACUAAUUACUGCAUUGGUGUGUACAGCUGUGUAUUUUAGCCUUUUGCAGUGGCCACAGCAACUUAACUACAAUGCUGUGCCCAUCACCAUAGCUGGAGUCGGAACAUUUUUCAUAGCAAGUGUUUUCUUUGGCGUAUAUAGUGUUGCUGUUGAUACCCUGUUCCUAUGCUUCCUUGAAGACUGUGAGCGCAAUGACGGAUCUGCAGAGAAGCCAUAUUUCAUGUCUCCCAGCCUCAUGAAUAUCUUUGGGAAGAAGAAUCGUCGUAGAGAUGCAGAAUAGACUGAUCAAUUGUAUUUGUGAUUUUGAGGUACCUUUGUUAAGUACUGUCAAUGUGAUUUUUUUCCUUUCAUGUUUUGCCAUAUAUUUUUGUUAAUAUUAAGCAUAACAUCCUGA